GGUUGACUCGAUCUCAGUUCUUUUUCGGUCGCUCUAAGCGUUGAAACUUCAAACAGAGAGUGACUGGAGUCGAGUAUUGUGUCCCUGCCGCAACUAAUUAUGGCGAUCUCGUUAAGCAGCAUCUCUGGCUUGGCCUUCCAAUCGGCGAGCUUCCAUGGAAGAAACAACACUCGAUUUCCAAGUCGAAACAACGUAUUUGAACCUCUUCCUCUUCGUUUUCGCUCUUAUAUCGUUCGAAACAUUUCGAUAACUAAGGCUUUGAGCUCUGUUAACGCUUCUUCUUCUUCUUCUUCUUCAUUGGAGUUCGAUGUUGUGAUCGUCGGUGCCGGAAUAAUCGGUUUGACGAUCGCUAGACAGUUACUACAUGAAUCGGAUCUUUCUGUCGCUUUAGUUGAUGCAGCUGUGCCUUGCGCUGGUGCCACUGGUGCUGGGCAGGGUUAUAUAUGGAUGGCUCACAAAACACCUGGAAGUGAUAUAUGGGAGCUUGCAGUGAGAAGUCAAAAACUGUGGAACAUGUUGGCUGAGAGCAUACAAAAUGAAGGCCUAAGUCCUCUAGAAACAUUGGGUUGGAAGAGAACAGGAAGCUUGUUGGUUGGUAGAACUUUGGAAAAGUCAGCAAUGUUAAGAGAUAGGGUAAGGCACUUUGCUGAAGCUGGCAUGGAAGUCGAGUACUUGUCUGGCCAUUCAUUGGUUCUAAAGGAACCAGCACUUGAUAUCGGGAAGGGAGGUGGAGCAGCCUUUUUACCAGAUGACAGUCAGUUGGACGCCCAUCGUGCAGUUGCAUUUAUUGAGAAGGGUAACAGAAGUUUUGCCUUGAAAGGCAGAUAUGCAGAAUUUUAUCAUGAUCCAGUCAUCAGUCUAGUAAGAUCAGGUAGCACUGGAGAGGUUGAAGGAAUUCGAACUUCCAAAAAGAUAUUGUACAGUAAGAAGGCCAUUGUAAUUGCAGCUGGUUCCUGGAGUGGAUCAUUGAUGGAAGACCUGCUAAGAGGAUCAAACGUUGUAUUGGAUGUUCCUGUAAAACCUCGAAAGGGCCAUCUCCUUGUGGUAGAGAACUUCAACUCCUUUUGUCUGAAUCAUGGUCUGAUGGAGGUUGGAUAUGUUAGCCAUCAAAAAACUGCCUUGCAUCCUCCGUCUUCUAUGCCUGGAGUCGCUGAUGAUGCGCAGAACUUGUCCAUUUCAAUGACAGCCACCAUGGACCCAGUGGGGAACCUUGUCCUUGGGAGCAGCCGCCAAUUUUCUGGGUUCAGUACUGUAGUAGAUCAUUCCAUCAUUAACCGCAUAUGGGAUCGUGCCAGGGAGUUCUUUCCUGCUCUGAGAGAAAUAUCGCUAAAUGAUUUUGCUGAGAGCAGAAGAGUGCGGGUGGGAUUGCGGCCUUAUAUGCCUGAUGGGAGGCCAAUCAUUGGGCCUGUUCCUGCUAUACCAAAACUGUUAAUUGCAACGGGACAUGAAGGAGGAGGUCUAUCCCUGGCUCUUGGUACUGCCGAAAUGAUUACUGAUAUGGUGUUGGGCACUAGCCUCAAAGUUGAUUGUGCACCCUUCUCAGUUGAAAAUCGAUUUUCUAAAUGACAUCAGGUAAAGAUAGAAGAACAUGCUGCAGGGAGGUGCUACUGGUUAUCACAAGUAAGGCUGUCCUACUGAUCCAGGGUUGUGUUCUAGGAACUGCGUUGAUGCAUCCUUUUCCUCAUUACAUGUACCAUAUACAAAAAAUGGUUCCCAUUUUAUUUAUCCUAGAUUCCCUUAUGAAUAUGAUUUGGAUAUAUAGAACUAGCAAGAUGAUACAUUUCUGUGUCAUGGUAUUGAUAAAUAUAUGCUUGUCUCUUAAAGUAAUGAUUGUAGUUUGCCCAGGAUAUGGUUGAGAAUAUAUUCUGAAUUAUGUUUUCUGUU